AUAAAAUUACAAAACAUAAAAAAAUAAUCCGCGGAUAUGAUAACGAUUGAUAAUGUAAGCAGUGAUAAAUUAAAAUUUUAAUGACAGUGAUAAGACGAUUUAAAUAAAUACUAAUAGCUGUUAAAUUAAUAAAAUAAGUAUUUUAAUAUACAUUUAUAUUUAUAUUUAUUUGAAUUUGCGAAUUAAAAGUUAUUCUUUAUGUUGGUCAUUCUGUUGUUUGACGGGACCAGCUGACGAAGGCAUAUCUCCAAUGACAAUCGUUUUCGUGGUCAACAUCCAUACACAUUUAUGUGGAUUAAAAUUAAAAUUGUACAGCAGGUUAGAAAAAAGUCACCACUGAUGAAGUGAUUGAUAAAGACAAAGAACAAGACAAAACAAAAGUUAAUUAUUAAAGCAAUAAGGGAAGGGAACAAGAUAAUGAUUCACUCAACCAGUGACUAAAUAAAUUUAAUUACAAAUAAAUGGUCAAGUAGUAAAUAAAAACGUCUGAUGCUUUGUCUCGGUAUUUAAAAAUCAAAACGUAAUAAAAACGUAAGUAAUAUUUUUCGAGGAUGCCUCUGGUUGCAAGAAAUUGUCCCCACAUGUGCACUCAUUCAGACGUGUCUCUGAUCGAGUCGGUGGCUGCCCAAAAAGAUAAAUUUUCCAAGUGCUAUGACUGUGAUAAUGGUGGUCCCAAUUUGUGGCUGUGUCUGUAUCCCGGGUGUCGGUGGGUCGGCUGCUCGGAGAACCACUUGGACCACAACACGAUCCACAACGCCAAGAAUCCAUCCCAUUGCACCCACAUGAACCUCACCACCAACAGAAUUUGGUGUUACACUUGCAAACGAGAGGUGCUCGCUAGACAUGUGCCGUCACCACCGAUAUCGCCGAGUCACGUGGACGUUAAAUUUAGUGGUAAUAAAUUUUUUGGAGAUGGUCCAGCUAAUUUUGAUAACAAAGUUGAAGCUGAUAUGAGAAUUUUGGUUGAUCGAUUUUACGGUAAUGAACGAUAUUAUCAUGAAAAAUCAGGGGACACUCCUGAGAGCACUGACUCUGAAGACAGCAAGGACUUCCCGAGCAAACCUCGGGGUCUUGUCGGCCUACAAAAUAUAGGAAACACCUGUUACAUGAACGCGGCACUGCAAGCCUUAUCAAAUGUGGUGCCGUUGACGCAAUUUUUCCUCGACUGCAGCCACAUGGUGGUUUACAUUGCCAAGGAGAGAAAACCGGGACUCAGUUUGAGUUACAUGAAUUUGAUAAAAGACAUGUGGAACCGUAAGACUCGCGGGUAUGUGGUGCCAAACGGCAUAUUGUCGGGCAUACGCGCGGUUAAUCCGAUGUUCCGUGGUUACCAUCAGCAUGACACCCAGGAAUUUCUUCGCUGCUUCAUGGACCAGCUGCAUGAAGAAUUAAAAGAGCGGAUUGAAGACGACAAGGAAGCUAUUCACAGCUUGAAAAAUAUGGGAGAGCAGUCAUCGGAUGAGGAAGAAACGGAAAUAGAUGGCAAUGCCUCGAGUCAGUCGGACGCAGAGUACGAAACCUGCGACUCUGGUGUAAGUGAGCAAAGUUCACUGAGCGAUGAAGGGGAGCGCGGCAUGAAGCGCAGAUACUCUCGGGUUUCACAAUCAGAGAAGUUGAGAAAUAAAUUCACGACGCGGAAUAUUAAAAAAACGGCAAGCGAUGAUACUUUCUCUCAACCUCAAAGAUCUAUCCAAAGUUCACCGACUAAACAUCGGGCUAAAAAACCAGCGAAGACUAGGAGUAUAAUAAGCGACGUGUUUGAUGGAAAACUACUGAGCAGUGUCCAGUGUUUGACAUGCGACAGAGUAUCCACGCGAGUUGAGACCUUUCAAGAUUUGUCGUUGCCCAUUCCAAGCAGAGAUCAUAUUGACAUGUUGCAUCAGGGUUCACUUACCCCACAGAAAGCCGGUCCAUGUUCAGACGUUGUCUAUGUGACAAAUCAGUCAGGUUGGAUAUCCUGGUUAGUCCAGUGGAUGCGUUCCUGGUUCUGGGGGCCGGUCGUCAGUCUUCACGACUGUCUCUCCGCCUUCUUCAGCGCCGACGAGCUCAAAGGCGACAACGUCUACAGCUGUGAAAAGUGCAAUAAACUCCGUAAUGGAAUAAAAUAUUGCAAAGUCCUUGAGUUACCUGAAGUACUCUGCAUACACUUGAAAAGAUUUCGACACGAGCUAAUGUUUAGCUCAAAAAUAGCCAGUUACGUGUCUUUUCCACUUGAAGAUCUGGACAUGCGUCCUUAUUUGCACAAGGAGUGCGUGUCCAAGGUAGCGACCUAUGAUUUAAUAUCCGUUAUUUGUCACCACGGAACUGCUGGCGGUGGUCACUACAUUUGCUACGCUCUUAACUCUGAUUUGAAUCAGUGGUUUGAAUUUGAUGACCAGUGCGUAACUCAGGUCUCCCCAGAAACAGUGAAAAAUUGCGAAGCCUACGUUCUGUUCUACAAGAAACGUUCGCCGGAGAUGUUCCAGUACCGGGACAAAACGCUAGAGCUGAUGGACAUUUCUUCGCGGGAGCCAGAGCUGAAUUUCUUUGUGUCCCGCCAGUGGAUUAAUCGCUUCAACACUUUCUCUGAACCUGGACCUAUCGACAAUUCAGAUUUCCUGUGUCCUCACGGCGGUGUCAAUCCAGUGAGAGCUCCCUUCGUCAACAGGCUGAGCAUGCCGCUUCCUCAGGCUGUCUGGGAGUAUCUCUAUAAUACCUUUGGUGGUGGACCAGCUUGCUCGCAUCUCUACGAGUGUCCAGUCUGCGAAGAAAAAUACGAGACGUUACAAAAACGGCGGCAGUAUGAAAUGGACAUCUUUCAACGGUACAAUAACAUUGAAAAUCCAACGGCAAUUUACGCGGUGGCGAUGUCCUGGUUGAGACAGUGGCAAAACUUUAUUAAAGGCAAAGAGACUCAGCCUCCUGGUCCCAUUGACAAUUCGUCAAUAAUUAUCAACGUUAACGGCAUUAAAGAUUUGAAACCUGGAUCUGACUGCGCUCAAGUUUCUGAGGAAGUCUGGCAGUGUUUCUUAAAUAUAUACGGUGGCGGUCCAGAGCUAAUGCUGUCAUGUCUCAGGCCAGCUCAAGUUCAGUCAAACGCUUCAUUACAUUCCACAUCAGCACCAAAUUUAAUAGAGCAAAGUCCAAAACAAGUUAACGCGGAAGCCAAAACAAACAAUACCAAGCCAGUUACUAAAAGUUCCGACGCCAUUUCCCAGCAAGACAGUGCAAUUGAGAGUGUACCGUCUGACUGUGAUUCGCUUAAAUCACAAAGGGAUACUAGUACCUAAAAUAAAAUCUAAACAAUUAAACUCUGGCAUUUUAUUUAAAUUGCAUUGAUUUGUUAUUUGUUAUUUACUUGGUUUAUCAAUUUAUUUGUACACGAGCGUUUUGAGGGCACCCUACAUUUACAUAAAUAAUUACGUUGACCGUCAUUUUAUUAUUAUUAUUAUUACUUCUACUAUUAUCACUACAAUAAUUAAACUAAAUUAAAUUAAAUUAUAAUAAUAUUAAGAGAAAAAUAAUCCAAGAUUUAUUACAUUUAACUUUAUCAAUUUCCUACCACAGAACCGGCUAUACGUUUGUGUAUUUAAUCUUUUGUAAACUUCCGAGUAUUAUUAUUAUAGCGUCUACUUAAUGUUUUAUAAUAAUAUUAUUUUCACCAAGUAAAUUGUUAUGUGCAAUUUUAAACUUACAUUUUAUAAAUUUAUUUUAAAUUACAAAUUAGCACUUGACGUUUAAGUGGAAAUUAAUUGGUAGCCAAUUUAACAAAAUUGUUGGGUCCAUUUAUUGUAAUUUUAACUACCGGGUUACCGUUUUUUUUUAAUACACAGAAAAAAAGAAUUUCUUGGCGCAAAAAAAAAAUUUUCUUAGGACCAGAAAUUGUCACAAAAAAUUUUUUCGCGGCUAAAGAAAAUUUUUUCUCACCUCAGAAAUUUUUGUUUUUUAUUCAUAAUUCAAAAGUUUCUUAGGAGAAGUAAAAAUUUUUUGCAUGAAGAAAUUAUUUUUUUUUGUGUAAUUACACUUUGUAAAUUAUUUAUAUGUCACACCUCUAUGUACAAAGGCAUUUCACCAGGCUAACUACACGCCGGAUUCCAAAGCAAUAAAUUUAUUUGAAAAAAUUUAAAAAUAAUUUACUGAGGGAGUAAUCCUUGACUGAUAAAAUUUAAAAGUUUAUUUUUUUGAUUUUAAAUAAUAAAUUAAUUUAUAAAAUAAAGUGAAAUGCCAUACAUUUAAAUUAAUUUAAGUAAAGAACCACU